AGGCAACUUUGCAAAUAAUUAUGGUCUUCAUGAGUCUUCAUGCUCUUGACUCGUACCAUUACUUUCAUAACACCCCGCACAUUCAUCCCGAGGGUAUCAUCAUCUUCUUUUUGCGUCCCUUCAUUGAUCAACAGUAGCUUCUCUCGAUCAUUCAUGUCAUCCGAGUCAGUCUCCGUUUCAGAAUCCGCAGAUCGCCUCCAAGUUCAAGGACACAUCCAAUAUGAUACCCCAGAUCAUCUCACCCCUUCAAAUGUCCACUCAUCUCCUCUAGAGCAAUUUCAUAUCUGGUUCAAUGAAGCCCGAAAAGCCAACGUCCGCGAACCAGAUGCCAUGUCUCUCUCCACAGCGACAGCAUCGGGUAUACCUUCUUCGCGCAUGGUACUCUUCAAGCAGCUAGACAAGCGGGGCUUUGUUUUCUAUACUAAUUAUACUUCUCGCAAAUCUCGAGAAUUAGAAGAGAACCCUCGAGCUGCCCUGCUUUUCUUCUGGCGCGAGAUGUCCAGGCAGGUGAGGGUGCUUGGCAGGGUCGAGAAGUUGUCGAAAGAGGAGAGUGAAGACUAUUUUAAAACUCGCCCCGUCGGCACCCGGUUGGGUGCGUGGGCGAGCCAUCAGAGCAGCGUGAUCGGGGAGGAUGACCUGGCCCUCCGAUUGGCGGAGGUUCAGGAGCGCUUUGGAACGCAGUCGUCUGACAAAGAAGGCGACGUCCCAUUGCCUGACUUCUGGGGUGGAUGGAGGGUGAUCCCCAGCGAAGUUGAAUUUUGGCUUGGAAAGCCAUCGCGGCUUCAUGACCGCGUCCGUUAUCUUCGUGUAGAAGGCCCAGACGAUCAACCGCAGUGGACCAUAGAUAGAUUAUCCCCUUGAAAUUUCAGCAUGGGGAUAAUGUCCGAUACCACCAGCAUAAUAGGCAGCAAAUAUGAAUCCAUCCAAUUUAUCGGCGAGCUGCGCACUGCUGCGCUUCCAAGUGGGAUCCGAAAUUACUUACAUUUUUAACAGACACGUAUGUACUUAUUGACAAUUUUGAAGUAAGCGUUUACACCUGAGACGCAGCCGAAUAACAGUCCGCGACAGAUGCUGCUCAAAUUGAGGGACAUAUUCGAAGUCAAUACAUUCAUAAAUAUGUCUCGGGAUAUGCAUC